AUGCCGAACCAACAGGCCUCCCACCACCACCCUGCGAAACCGCCCGAUUCUCCCGUCGACGACUCCGAUUCUGACCUCGAGAUCGACCUUCAGGAGCUGGACCCCCAGAGCACCUCGUCCCAGCAGCCGCUACGCGGCUCUGCCGAGUCCCACGCCCGCGAAUUUGCGGAACACCGAAGCUCUCCCAGGAUACCUCUGCGCAAUCUCCGCAUGGGGGGUUUGCGUCGCUCGAGGGACCGAGGACAAUAUGGCGAGUUGGGACACCGAAGGGAUGGGAGCAGCGACCAGUCUGCCGGCCUGUUGACAUCCGGGGAGAGGGAGGCCUCGAGCUCUAGGUUCGAAGACAGCGAUAGACACGGGGACGACGAUGCUCCUCUGCUGCCGGACUCUGAACAGGGUCGUCGAAGACCUGGGAGCCACCAGCGUCUCAAGAGUAUCACUGGCGCGCUGCGGCUUCCCAGCUUCAUGUCCGGCUCGAGCAAUGUUUCAGACCCGAGACAGCCGCCGCCGGAAGAUGAUGAAGGACAGGAGGAUCAUGAUCCGUCCGGCUCUAGGCUCGUCGCCGUUGGCUCAGCACAGUCAGCUCGCUUCCCGCCAAACGCCGUGUCUAAUGCAAAGUACACGGCAUGGUCGUUUUUGCCCAUUACGCUCUAUAACGAAUUCUCUUUCUUCUUCAACAUGUACUUUCUUCUUGUAGCGCUUUCACAGGCCAUUCCUCCUUUAAGGAUAGGGUACAUAUCGACGUAUAUCGCCCCUCUGGCUUUUGUUCUCAUGAUCACACUGGGGAAGGAGGCACACGACGACAUUGCCAGGCGCCGCAGGGACAGCGAGGCAAACUCGGAACCAUACACCACCAUACAGUUUGACGAACCAGGUGUCAAGGUGAAAAACGGCAGGUCGAGGAAGAAGCUGAAGUCGGCAGCGUCACGCAAGGCACAGCUGAGACUGAGCGAGAGGGAUAGGCUCUCUGACAUACAAGAGGAGGAGUUGGCCGAGAGUGAGGGAGCUGGCAAGGGUGCUUCUUCCCAUAUCAGGGAGGUGGUGAAAGCAUCCAAGGACUUGAAGGUUGGCGACGUCUUGAGGUUAACGAAGGGCCAAAGGGUGCCGGCCGAUGUCGUUAUUCUACAAUGUCUGGCCUCGGAAGCUACUGCCCCCACGCCGAUGGCACCGAAACCGGCUGAGCCCGAACUCCUAACACUGGAUGAUGCAUCAGGCAACGGGGGAGCAUCUCAACCCCGAAAUUAUGGGGUCAGUGAUGGUGAUAGUUCUCAGGCAGGUGCGGGUGGUGAAACCUUCAUCAGGACAGAUCAACUAGAUGGUGAGACCGACUGGAAGUUGCGUAUUGCAUCCCCUCUUUCUCAAACCCUGGCCCCAGAGGAACUUGUCAGGUUUAGGGUCACGGCUGGAAAGCCUGACAAGAAGGUCAACGAGUUUGUGGGAACUUUGGAGCUUUUGCCAAGCAGACAAGAUGCCAUGAGCCCUGGCGCAAGAUUACCGAACGGGGACGAGCUGGCGAACACGGCACCCCUUACGAUUGACAACACAGCCUGGGCCAAUACGGUCAUUGCGUCCAGUGCGGUAACCUUGGCCGUGAUUGUCUAUACCGGACCACAAACUCGUUCUGCGCUGUCGACAUCUCCCUCUCGAUCAAAAACUGGUCUUCUCGAGUACGAGAUCAACUCUCUUACAAAGAUUCUCUGUGCUCUUACUCUGGCACUAUCGAUAAUCCUGGUUGCUUUCCAAGGCUUUACCAACGCGGAGGGCAACGUGUGGUACAUCAAGAUCAUGCGCUUCCUGGUUCUGUUUUCCACCAUUGUUCCGAUCAGUCUCCGAGUGAAUCUGGACCUCGGCAAGAGUGUUUACUCGUGGUUCAUUCAACGCGAUCCAGGCAUGCCAGGAGCCGUGGUGAGGACCAGCACGAUACCGGAAGAUCUUGGAAGAAUCGAGUAUCUAUUGAGCGACAAAACCGGCACACUUACUCAGAACGAGAUGGAAAUGAAAAAGAUUCACAUUGGCACGGUCUCAUACGCCAACGAGGCAAUGGAUGAGGUGUCUUCCUACAUCAAACAAGGCUUUCAUGUCCAGCCAACCUUGUCUGACGCUUCGGACAGCACGCAGCUUGUCACACCAUCAUCAACAUUUACCAAUGCAGCAGCCAGUGGUACCACGCGUACCCGCCGUGAGAUCGGUGCCCGAGUUCGUGAUGUUGUUCUGGCUCUGGCUCUCUGUCACAACGUCACACCUACCACGGAUGAGGAAGAUGGCCAGACCGUCACUUCAUAUCAGGCAUCGUCUCCCGAUGAGAUCGCCAUCGUGAAGUGGACCGAGGCGGUUGGCCUGAGGUUGACGUACCGAGAUCGACAGAGCAUGACUCUCAGCUUUUCCGAGACGGGGAAGACUGUAGUUCAUGUACGAAUUCUCGACAUAUUCCCCUUCACGUCAGAGGGAAAGCGCAUGGGUGUUAUCGUACAAUUCUUCGAGCGCCCUAACGAGAUUGGCACUGGGGAGACCUGGUUCUAUCAAAAGGGUGCCGACACGGUAAUGAGUUCCAUCGUGGCCGCAAACGAUUGGCUCGAUGAGGAGACUGCAAACAUGGCCCGGGAAGGUCUACGUACACUGGUCGUCGGUCGUAAGCGGCUCUCAGUGGAACAAUACCGUGAGUUCUCUAGCAAAUACCAAGAAGCAUCGCUUGCCAUCAACGGCCGAGAUGCAGGCAUGCAAAAGGUCGUGUCACAGUACCUCGAGCGGGACCUGGAGCUGCUCGGAGUGACGGGAGUCGAGGACAAGCUGCAAAAAGAUGUCAAGCCGUCACUGGAACUUCUACGCAACGCCGGUAUCAAGAUUUGGAUGUUGACGGGUGACAAGGUCGAGACGGCUCGCUGCGUUGCCGUCAGCUCCAAACUGGUCGCGCGUGGCCAGUAUAUCUAUACCUUGGCCAAGAUGAAACGGUCUGAUAGCGCUCAAGACCACCUCGACUUUUUACGGAAUAAGACGGACGCGUGUCUGCUCAUCGACGGCGAGAGUUUAGCUCUGCUACUGCAACACCACCGAUUGGAUUUUGUGUCUGUUGCAGUGCGUCUACCGACAGUGGUAGCUUGCCGAUGCUCUCCGACGCAAAAGGCCGAGGUAGCACGGCUCAUCAAGGAUUAUACUCGCAAACGUGUCUGUUGUAUCGGAGACGGUGGCAACGACGUUUCCAUGAUUCAAGCCGCCGAUGUUGGUGUCGGUAUCGUAGGCAAGGAGGGACGACAGGCCAGUCUGGCAGCCGACUUUUCCAUCGAGCAAUUCCACCACCUCACCAAGCUUCUUGUAUGGCAUGGUCGUAACAGCUACAAGCGGAGUGCCAAGCUCGCUCAGUUCGUCAUUCAUCGUGGUCUUAUUAUUGCAGUCUGUCAGACCAUGUACAGUAUUGCCAUGCAUUUCGAGCCGGAUGGCUUGUACAAGGAUUGGCUACUGGUCGGGUAUGCCACAAUGUAUACCGCAUUCCCCGUGCUCUCUCUGGUUCUCGACAAGGACGUAGAUGAGAACCUUGCAAAUAUUUACCCGGAACUGUACAAGGAGCUCACUUCGGGUCGGUCGCUCUCAUAUCGGACCUUUUUCGUCUGGGUCUUGGUCUCAAUCUAUCAGGGAGGCAUCAUCCAGGGCCUCUCGCAGCUGCUUACCGAGGUUGACGGCCCCAAGAUGGUGGCAGUCAGUUUUACAGUCUUGGUGCUCAACGAACUGCUCAUGGUAGCCAUAGAAAUCACGACCUGGCAUCCUGUAAUGAUCGUAUCGAUAGUUGGCACAUUCCUUGUCUACAUGGGCUCGAUACCUUUCUUGUCGGGGUAUUUUGAUCUCAAGUUCAUGAUUACAUUGGACUUCUUGUGGCGAGUGUUGGCCAUCCUCGCCAUCUCCCUCAUACCCCCCUAUGUCGGGAAGCUCAUCAGGAGGACCAUGAAGCCGCCAUCUUACAGGAAGGUGCAAGGUAUAUGAUUGGCGAUGAAAUACUAUUUUCUUUUUCCUCGUUUUUUUUUCACUACAGAGUAUGUUUACUAGCUGCAUUACAUGGCGUCUGCAAGAUCAUCGGCGGGUUUUUAGUCUUUUCGUAUGUAUUCACCGCUGCAAGCAUAGAUAUCCUUCAUGAAGUAUAA